CCUACAAAGCAGAUAAUACACCUUGUCCACUGUUGCUCGCACAUAUCACAAAGCCAGCACAGAUCAGCAACACCAAAACAUGAACUACCUGGAGAAUUUGCUGAUCUACUUCAGCAAUCUGUCCACGUUCUACAUUUUCAGUGUGGCCAUUUCGGUGGCCGUAGUGAUUCUGACCAUCUACAUCGGAACGGUGACCCGGUUCACGCUCGGCACGUCGGGAGAGGUCACCGUCGAAAGCAAGCAUCAGAAAUCGGUCAGUGGAGGAGGUUCGGGCGAAGGCGAUGAGGGUAGUGAUGCAAGUGACGACGACACAUUUGGAAGGAUUGAAUCCGUGGGACAAAUCAAGACGGCCAAGCUAAAAUCGCUGGAGAAUACCCUUACGGACGAGCAAAGGCAGGAGGAGAGAGAAAUUGAAAGAAAGCAAUUGGCAGCCAUAUUCGAGCUCCUGAAGAAACAGAACGAUGAAUUCAGCUUGGGCUCUAAUCUGGACGAGGACGACCUCCACGAGCAGCUCAAUCUAUAUCGGUGAAACAGUAAUGAUAUAAUCUCAAAUUGAAAUAGUAGUUUUGCAUGAUUCUAGUCAAAAUGCCGAGAAGGUAUGAACAAAUGCAACACUGUGCAACAUUUACCAAAAUAUGUAUUAAAUUGAAAAGUUUUUGUAUUUUCAAAUAAAUGAACAUAUCAGCAGUGCUGAAAAUGUCAGGGGUCAUGACGCGAUAAUCGGCGACGCUGACACGAAUUUUUCAGAUCCAUUCACUGAACCGCAAAACCAUGACAUAAACAAAAUCAGUUGAAAAUACUGUCCAAAUCUGAACCGAAUUUAUGAUAAUGGUGAUAAAUUGCCGAACUUUUAAUAGUACUUUAGGAAACAAGUUCCAAAAUGAUUAUUUUUAAGCACGAGUCGUACAUUCAUCCAACAAGGCACAGUCAAGUAAUACUUUUCGAUAAUAUUUUGAUUUUUAACACAUAUCGUCGCUGUCUUGCAAUCUUGUCUCACGUGGGCCAAAUUGAGUUAAGAACGCCAUUUUGGGCAAUUCACAAUGCCUCACCUUUUGACUUUCACAGAUCCCCAAUAUUCGAUUCCAAUCCUGCUAUCUUGACACACCCUGAAACUUGCUGUAAGUGCGACAAUUGACCAAAGGUCAGAACGCGUUUGACACACGUAACUGCCCAACUACUGUAAACAUUUGUAAUUAUAACUUGGGACUCCGCCAACCAAAUUCAAACAAACUUCGAGACAAUGUAGAGAAUGGUCAACCAAACAAAACGUGUUUGUUAUUGUUUACAUUGCGCGCUCUUUUUUGUUUAUUCAAGGUCAAACAUUAAAACGCGUGUUUCUCGGAACGUCAAAAUGCGACCUGCGACAAGAUAGGGGAAAUAUACCCUUUCUAAUCAAACACUUAUCUUCAUCAUAUGGAGAGUUUGAUGCUCGAUUAAAGCUCCAAAAAUACUAUUUAGGCUACCAGCAACAGCACCGCCUCGACUAAGCACACAAAUAUAUGCCACUUACUUGCCAAAAAGAUCAAAUGUAAUGCACUUUUGAUCAUAAUUUCUAUUUUGCGAGACCAUUUCUCAUCAUUUUGUUGGCACACACACCCACACGCAAGAUGAUUUCACUUGUGCUAACGUUUUCAAAGCGCUUGAGUUAUGAAAUUGCUUCCAACUACCGGCAACAUGUUCUUUUGCACAUUAGUUAGUCACUCACUUGAAAAAUAAUCCCGAAACAUGUAAAUAACAAGCAAGCGCCAUCAAAGAAACAAAGGCGCCAAGUCUUUUGACGUUUGACUUUUGACGACCCAUUCCAAUCGAAGGCUGAAGAAAACCGAGCGAGGAGCGAAGGCAAAUAAAGAACAAAGGGUUCCCCGAGCAGACGGAAAUAACUUGGGAAUAACAUUUUUUUAAAUUUGAAAAUACUUGGCAAAUAACAUUUUAUGUUAUUUAUAACAAGAUUUGUUAUUCGCCGUUAUGAUUUUUUGUUAUUGGAUUGUUAUUUUAAUAAUAGACUUAUAACAUUUUUAGUUAUUCUUCGUACAAAUCACUGUUAUUCUUUUUUGUUAUAUUAACAACUAAUCCGAUCAUCCCAAUAACAGUUGGAGUUAUUUUUCCAUAACAAAAAAUGUUAUUCCAAAGUUGUUUUGGCGUUUAACCAGUAUCACACCAAUAACAAAUUUUGUUAUGAUAACAUAAACUGUUAUUAAACUCUUAUCUGCCCCUGAUCGCAUAAAUGUCCCAUAUGCAUUUUCAUUGUUUUUGAGUUAUUGAUGCAGUUUUGUUCAAAAUCGUGUGAUCUUUCAGAAAAACCUAUAACAUCCAGUACGUUGUUCUAGAAAUCACGAGGAAAUCCAGUUUUUAUGUGAAAACAUAACACGUAGCCUUAUGUGUGGGACAAACUUCUAAUGCGUUUUUCUCAGCUUGCUGUGUUUGCAUAUGGGACAUUUAUGAGAACAUGGGCAGUUAUGCAAAGUGAAUUUUUCAAGAAGAUUCCAUAACACUUUUUGUUAUUUUAACAGUCUUUGUUAUUGAAAUGGCAUGAACUAAGCUGAAAAUAGAAAAAUGGGCGUGGCUCAAUGCAUUCUCGUCUGAUUAGAAUACACUUGGGAAAUAUUUUUUUUAAAUGCUUAUUAAAGGAAUAGAAUAACUUUUAGUGAAAGAGAAAAUAAACAGAAAUGUUCGCAAAAAGUAGCUCUAAUCGUUGGUGUACUUGGUUUUAGUAAAUUUCAAGGAACACUCCAGAUUAUCCAGCAUCAUUCAAACACGACCGCUUAUUAGGCUUAAAAUGGGUAUAUUUCCCCUAGACGACAAUCUCGAUUUGAAAACUUUUUAGUUAAUUUUUUUUCCAAAUGUAAGAUGUAUGGCAAAUGUAUGGCUCUUGAUAUGAAAUAAAAGAACGCAUGUUUAGUAGAUUAAAAUAUACUAUUUUAUUAUUAAUUUUGCUUGAUUUCGUCACAAGAGCUGUUAUGUCCAUCCAUAUAAAGCUCCUACAGCGACUACUUUCCUUUUUUUUACAUAAAUAUGCUGUUUUGCUUUUUGCUGCAUACGACCAAAGUUUUAUUUUGUUUUACAAGAUCUACCUAAUGUGCUCAAUGCUCGCUCCUAUCCUUUGAGACUGUCUCCCGGUUCGCUUGGCUUAAUACGUGUGUGACUGAUCUUCAGUUUACUUUUACACAUGAUUCCACAAUGCAAUCAAACAUCAACACUUAUCCUAUAUCUCGCUUGCUGUAGCAAUGAUCUCAUCACAUGUCCUCACGUUCUCACAUACACAGUUAUUACUAUCGUACUA